UAAUUACAUUCGCCAUUUCUGACACAUUACUCCACGAACCCUCUCCAAACCCUCCAUUUCUCUCGUCAUGAACAUCUCUUCUCUUGCUUUCGAGCCCACUCUUUUCUCCGCCGCCAACUUAUCGCCAUCGUCGGCGUGCCGGAGACCCUUUUAUGGGCGUUAUCCGACCCUCUUCGUUUGCUCAUCUGCUAAGACCGUUGCGGCUGUUGGCUCUUCUGUCAGUGUCCCAGAGUCGGGGAGGAAGGAUGGUCUGAAACGAAUUGGGGAACUCAGUCAAGUUUCGGGCGUGUUGGGCUGCCAGUGGGGUGAUGAAGGUAAGGGUAAACUCGUUGACAUCUUGGCCCAGCACUUCGAAAUCGUCGCUCGCUGUCAGGGUGGGGCUAACGCCGGGCACACGAUAUAUAAUGCAGAAGGGAAGAAGUUUGCACUUCAUCUCAUUCCCUCUGGAAUCCUUAAUGAGGAUACUUUAUGUGUUAUUGGAAAUGGAGUUGUGGUGCACGUGCCUGGUUUCUUUGAGGAGAUUGACCGUCUAGAAGCAAGUGGAGUCUCGUGUAAGGGAAGGAUCUUGGUGUCUGACCGAGCUCAUCUGUUAUUUGAUUUCCAUCAGGAGGUGGAUGGGCUAAGAGAAGCUGAGUUAGCUAAAUCUUUCAUUGGAACAACCAGGAGAGGGAUUGGACCUUGUUACUCCAGUAAAGUUAUUAGAAAUGGUAUUAGAGUGGGUGAUUUGAGGCACUUGGACACUCUUCCUCAGAAGCUGGACCUUUUACUCUCAGAUGCUGCUGCGAGAUUUAAGGAUUUUAACUAUACCCCAGAAGUUCUGGAGGAAGAAGUUGAAAAGUACAAAAGAUAUGCUGAGAGAUUGGAACCAUUUAUCACUGACACUGUGUAUUUCAUUAAUGAAGCCAUCUCUGCAAAUAAGAAGAUUUUGGUUGAAGGUGGUCAAGCAACUAUGCUUGACAUUGACUUUGGAACAUAUCCUUUUGUAACUUCCUCCAGCCCUUCGGCAGGUGGAAUUUGCACUGGUCUUGGAAUUGCUCCGAAAGUUGUGGGUGAUCUUAUAGGAGUGGUGAAGGCCUACACAACUAGAGUUGGUUCUGGUCCUUUUCCUACAGAGAUCUUGGGAAAGGGAGGUGACCUACUCAGGUUUGCUGGUCAAGAAUUUGGUACCACAACUGGUCGUCCUCGCCGUUGUGGUUGGCUUGAUAUAGUUGCACUAAAAUAUUGCUGUCAAAUUAAUGGGUUCUCUUCUCUGAAUCUUACGAAACUUGACGUUCUUUCGGAACUUUCUGAGAUACAACUGGGGGUUUCUUAUUCAACACCUGAUGGAACACCGGUCAGAUCAUUUCCUGCAGAUCUUAGUCUUCUUGAACAAAUAAAGGUGGAGUAUGAAACAAUGCCUGGGUGGAUGUGUGAUAUCUCUUCAAUAAGAGAUUAUUCUGACCUUCCUAAGGCUGCAAAAGAAUAUAUAUCAAGGAUUGAAGAACUUGUGGGCAUACCUGUCCAUUACAUUGGUGUCGGUCCAGGCCGUGAUGCGCUAUUGUACAAAUGAUGUGUGUUCUCAUUUGGUUCUUUCAUAUGCUAGCGAUUCCAUGUUUGAGCUCCAGGUAAGGUGCAAGAUUGCUCUGGUAGAGGAAUUUCUACCAUCAUCGUAAGAGAUAUUUUCCCUUUUUGUUUCUUUUGGAGUAAAUUCAUCAAAAUAGCAUAAAAAAGCAUUUGAAUGUGAAUGAUUGCUGAGGCUGUUGUAACAUUUCCCAUAUGGUUAGGAGAGGUUAAUAUAGGUGUUGUUUCUGAAAAGGCUCUAUCAGCACAGGAAAUGGGAUGGAUUACACAUAGACCAAGAAUAAUUAGCAUUUGGAGAAAUUAAUGAGUUCACAUGAUCCAUAUCUUGGUAAUACAUCUUGGGUCGUCUUGGAUCGAUUUUGGCCAAAUUUUUUGUUAAAUUGAUCCAUGGAUUUGACAAACGGAAGUUGAAAAUUGAUUUUUGAAA